UUCAGCUGUAAUAGACAAGUGACGUGUUUUGCUGCUUUGUUUACGGAAAAAACAAAUUAGCUUCCAGAGUCUUUCAAUUAAUUGUAAUACUCAUUUUUGGAAAUUUGAUAAAAAAAAUGAUAAUUGGUGCUAAUUAAUACGAGAGUUAAAAGAAUUAAGUGAUAAAUUAUGAAGGUCACUCUGUUAGACGACGUGGAGAUAAUUUACCAAACACAUCAAUAGUUUCUAUUUUUAUCAGUACAAGAGAAAAACCUUAAAAUUUUUAAAACUAGAAACGUGUUUAGGAGAAACGAAUAAACUACAGCUACAACAACGGUAACGAAGUGAAUAAUAAGAGGCUUCAUUAAUCGAAUCAAAAUGGACCAGGACGAAGGUCAUAUGCAGGAAGAGGAGCAGCAAGAACAGGAUAAUUUACUAGACCAGAAUGCUGGAAUAAUCCCUGAACAACAGCAGUAUGAACCUCUACAAAACCUUGCUUUGGAGGAAAUAGGUGCAAACGUAGAGUAUGGAGGAAUGGACGUCGUUGAUGACAGUUCAAAUGAAAGUGACGAUGAUGAUGGCAAUAAUGUAGCUAAUGAUGAUGAUGACGAUGACGACGAUGAUGAAGAUGAUAUUAGUAAUUAUGAUGAAUUAGAAGAAAUAAUGGAUCAUGAUAGUUGGUCAUCAGAUGAAUUUGAUAUAGCAGAUAUGGAUCCAGAAGUUGCUGUACGCAAUUUUAGACGUAUGCAUAGAAUGUUUUUGAGGCGUCAUCAUGAACUGUAUAAACCUGUAUACUCUUUUCAACCAUUACGACUUACACAAUGCCUUUAUAAAAGUCGACAUGAUUCAUGGGAUUAUCCGAUAGCACGGAGUGGACAUCGUAUAAUAGCUUCUGAAUCUCAUCUCUAUUCAUUGGGUGGAUAUAAUCCUAAAACACGAACACAUGCCAUGCGUCGGGGUGCCUGCAUGUUAUUUCAAGAAUUGUGGGCUUAUAACUUUGCGACAAGCCAGUGGAAGCUUCUUCAAAAUGGUGAUAAUUGUGAUAUGCCAAGAGAACUGGCUUCAAAUGCUUUGGCCAUCUAUAAUAAUGUUUUAAUUUCACAUGGAGGUACUGGUUACCCAUUCGGAGAAACCUGUUCAAAUGAUUGUUAUGUUUACACAACUGGAGAAAAUCCACAAGUUAUGCUUCUUAAAGUAACUGGAGAUUUACCAGCAGCACAGUAUGGCCCAGGAAUUGUCAUACAUAAAGAUUACCUGUAUACGAUUGGUGGUACAACGGGUUUCGACUAUUCAUGUGAUGUUUAUCGCCUUAACUUAAUAACUAAAGUUUGGGAAAAUGUUUAUAUAUGUCGUCCCGAAAUGCGCGAUGAUCCCGAGGGCCGGUAUAGACAUGAAGUCGUUUACGAUGGUCGUCAUAUUUAUGUGUUAGGAGGUGGAACUGCGCACACCGUUUAUGACUUGCAGCGCAUACCAGCUUUUAAUUUGGAAACAAACCGCUGGGAUUAUUUUGAUACAUUGCCCGAUCGAAGUGCAUCGACAUCUGAAGACCCCGGCUAUCCAAAGGCUCGCAAAUGUUUAUCCUGCGUACAACAUACAUUAUCGAAUGGAGAUAUAGAGGCUUUUAUCACCGGCGGAUUACAGGGAGAUUUUACUACAUAUUUCAAUGACAUAUGGAAACUAAACUUACGUACUAAACAAUGGUACAAAAUACACAGCGCCUCCCUUCCACGUCCACUCUAUUUCCAUUCCGCAGCACAUGCUGGGAAUGGUUGUAUGUACAUUUUUGGCGGAAUAGAAUACAGUGAGAAGGACAUGUGUCGCCGUAAUGAUCUCUUUAAAAUGUGGAUGACAAUACCAAAGCUUAGUGAUAUUUGUUGGGAUGCCAUUACUUAUUACAAUACCGAUCUACAUAAUUUUGAUCGUAGCACUUUACUUCGGUCAGGUAUACCAGACCGAUACAUAAAUCGUUUACCGCCUCUUCAACAACGAAUGCGAAAGCAUGAGUCAGAAGAACCAUCGCCAUCAUCAUUAAUUAGUGCCCUUUCUAAAAGAAUGCGUUCUCACAUCGAGUAGAUUUCACAGCCGUGAAUUGAUUAUGAUUAGUAUUUUUAUUUUCGUUUGAAGUUAUUUAUGGAUCGUUUGCCAUCUGUUUUUAUUAAUAAAUUACUACAUAUUGCUAUUUUUAAAUCAUUUACAUUACAUACAAAUUAACUAAGAGGUUAGCAUAGAAAUUAAAAACAAAUAUUAGUUUCUAAAUCUUCUUUUAAUGGAGUUUGUAUGGCUUACAGAACACUACGUAUUAAUAACACACACACACAUACACACAUAUUUUUAUAUAUUUUUCAUUUAAAAUUAUACAUUGGAGUUGUAUUUACAUUACUCUUUGUAGUUAGAGCGUUUUUGCGCGUUUUAAAUAUUUGUUAAUAUAAAUGAGAUGAAUUUAUUUUGCUAAUUUAACGUUUUUCCUUUUAACAAAUACAUACAAACAUUGUUAAAAUUUGAUGUGAAAAUGACUGCAGGAAAUAUUCAGAUCUAUCAAUGUAUUGCAUUCAUUUCGUAUGCAAAUUAAGUGAUAUUAUGAAUACUUUCUAAAUUAGUUUACUCAAUUUUAAUUCAUAAAAUAAACAUAAUACUUGCUUAA